AAUUCACUGCUUAUUUAAGAUACAUCAAACAAUGUGUGGCUUUGAUCACAAUUAUUUAAUAUCCUAUACUUUUUUGAGUUCGAGUUUUACCUAAGGAUAUAUUACGGUAACAUAUGCCAAAAAGUGUGGGAAUGCUUCAGAAUAGUUAUUUGUCUCAUUGCCUCCAGUUAAUACGUGUGAACCUGUGAACGGUAUAGUAGCUCUGCUGUUAAAAUUUAUGAAACAGUUUUUUUAUUUAUUGCUUUUUGCUGCAAACGAUUUUGAUAUAGUGUACUGCAUGAUUGAUUGCAAAGACCUUUUGGUUCAUUUGCACAAGUUAAGGCUCUUGAUUAGUUUCAAUAUUUAAGUGAAUUUACUAAAAUCCUUCACCAGUGACUGUUUAAAUCUAUACCUUUCAGGACCACCAGCAUCUGUAGGCAACAUUUUAUGUAAUUACAAGUAAAAUACAUAUUACUGAAACAUUCUACUUAAAAAAACUAAUACAAAAAUUAAUAGGUAAAACAUUCGAAAAAGCCGCGAUUCGGAAGUUUUACCAAUUAAUAUUCUCUAUAUUAUUAUACUGACUGAUCAAGUGUCCAUCAGUACUUACAGUUUCUCUGUUCUGUUUGAUAUUAACUUAACAAUAACUAGCUUGCCGAGGAAAAAAAUCUAUGUUUUGAGCUAAAGAAUAAAAAUCAAAUUUCAACUUAAAACAUAGACUUAAAAGCUAUCAAAACAACACAAUUGUGCCACAAUCAUCAGCAAUCAGCUGUUUGCUUGUCGACACUUAUCAAUGUAAUUGUCAGUUGUACAGCCAAUCACGUAAGAGCCGUUACACAAGUCUAGUAGGUAUAGAGAUUUACGCACGCUGGGUUGGAGGUCAUUAAUGUCAUCAGUGUGACUUUUGUAGUGGAGCUGUUGAUAUUACUUUAUUUUUUAUCAGUUGCUUUUUCGCUCUACUGUUUACUAUUUUAACAUUUAAAGUUUAUUAUUAAUUGUAAGUGACUGUAGUGCAUUAUUUACUUUGUUUCUUUUGCCUGUUAAAUUGGUUUGCGAUUUAUAAGAAAUGGCAAGCAGAUUUUCUGAAGUAGAAUUAGGGCCUCCAAUUGAGGUCUUCGCGCUCAAUAAAGCAUUUCAAGAAGAUACUUUUGAAAAGAAAGUCAGUUUAGGAGUUGGAGCAUAUCGUACAGAUGCGGGAAAACCAUGGGUAUUACCUGUUGUCAGAACAGCUGAAAAGGCCCUAGCUAAUGAUGAAACAUUAAACAAGGAAUAUUUACCGGUAUUAGGUCUGGAAGUAUUUACUAAUUUAGCUACAAAAAUGCUUCUGGGAGAAAAUAAUCCCGUUUUGACGGAAAACAGAACAUUUGGAAUUCAGUGCUUGUCUGGUACUGGUGCAUUAAGAGUAGGUGCCGAAUUUUUAGCCAACAAUCUUGGGUACAGCACUUUUUAUUAUUCAAAGCCUACUUGGG